AUGAAUUAUUAAAUACUGUUUUAUACUCAAAUCAUACAAAACAUUUGGUGGAUAAUAUGUUCAUGGAUAUUUUAUUAGCCCUAUGAAUAUUAACUUUGUAUUCUAUCUGUAAGUAGUAUUGUUAUUCGGAUUACAAUAAUAAUUUUGGAAAGGAGAAUUACACAUAUAUUUAUUUUAGCAAUCCUAUAUCUGCUUCAUAAUUGCUUAUACAUGGAGGCAAGCAUACGAAUGCCAAUGAAUAAUCCUUUUACAAACCAUUCAAAUUCUUUAAUGAUUUUAAUCAACUACUAACAUGCCAACAAAGAAUCUAAAGAAAAUAUUUAAAUAAUAUCGAAGUUUGGCUUUCCCAUCUUUUGCUUACUAAGAACAAUGUCAAUCACCUUCAUCUAAGCCAAUUAUUCGAUACUUGAGAGCUGUAUUUUGAUAUUCAUCUUUCUAAGCCUGAUAGCAAAGGAUGAAUUAAAAAAAAAAAAUGAAGCAUUUUAAAACUCAAUGAAAGAUCUGGGGUCUCAGGAUUAGCAUAAUUUCAAUCAGAAAUUUAUAACCUUUUUCUAGUAAGAUUCAAAGAAGCAAUCAUUGGGAACUUCCUUCAAGAAGAGCAGAACACAUUAUUCACAAUACCAGGAGAAACCAGACAUAUUCCAAAACAUACCCUUAUACAAUGAACCCAGAACCAUGGAUGAAAAUAUCAAGACUUCACUGCAGUUUCAGAAUUUAAAAAAGAGCUUUAACAAAAAAAUUUCAAACAUAAGUGCUGACAAAUCAGAUCAACAAUUGCACACUUUCUUUUAGAAUAUCAUAAACAACAUAUUUUCUGCAGGAGUAGUGAUACUAAACCAAAAUUAAAAGGUGACUUUCAUGAACAAUAAAUGUGAGAAGCUACUAGGACAGAAGGGGAGUGACAAAGUAGUCGAAUGCCUCAAAAAAAUCAUUAUUGCUAAUUCCUUACAUGAGAAUGAUGAAUCUCCCUUAGGACAAAUUCCACCCAGGUCUCAGGCCAAGAUGAACAAAGCCACUUUUGAAAGGAUUGUUAAAUAUCACAAUGAAAACUUAAUGGAAUUGGAUAUUUUCGAUGCUUUUCUCUUUCCACAAAAAUACCUACAUUAAUUCUAUCAAAAUCUAUCGCCUCAUUCAGAGUUUGAUUAAAGAAGCAGUCUCUCAGAAUCGGUAAAUGAAACCUUCCUCUAAAGAAAAGAUGCUGUAACCUAUGAACACAUAAUGAGCGAGGGAGGCAUUUUGAAGAAACUAAGAAUAGUCAUCCUUCCCACCUACAUGACUAAUGCUCAACAAGAACAACUUUCAUAUCCCUCAUAUUAGAAGGUUCAUAUCAGCAAGACUGCUAUUCAGGCAGAGAGUGUGCAACCAAUCAUAGUUGUCAAGAUUAAGAACAUUACCAAGAAACAUAAGAUUGAGUAAAUGAACAAGGAGAAGGAAAUACACAAUUCCUUACUUAAAUCAUUUUCACAUGAAUUGAAAACUCCCUUGAAUAGUGGUUAGGAUAUGUUGGUGAUACUUAAGGAUAGGAUUAAGGAUCCUAAACUUUAGGAAUUUGUUGAGAUAGCUCACAUUUCAAUAAUAUUUUUAAUACAUCAAAUAAAUGAUAUCUUGGAUUAUGCAGCCAUGUAAUCAAACACAUUUAAAUAUAGAUAUGUUGAAUUCAAAUCACGAGAGAUUGUUGAUGAAAUUAAAUAUAUUUAUUCUAGUUAGUUGCAUUCAAAGAAAAUCGAUUUGCAAGUCAAAUUCGAUGAAAAGAAGGUAGGCAAUAUUAGAUAAGAUAAAUAAAGAAUAAUGCAAGUGUUAAUCAAUUUAUUAAAUAAUUCUUGUAAAUUCACACCUGAAGGAGGCAAAAUAGUGUUUUCAUUGAAAAUAAUAGACUACCCUUUUAUUAAAUUGUAAGUCAAAGACUCUGGGAUUGGAAUUGGAUCAGAAUAAUUGUAAAAUCUAAGGAAGGUCCUCACUAGUUCCAUGGGUAAAAGUCUUCAUAGAUCUAGGAUUAAAAAAAGUUUGGGUUUGGGUUUAAAUAUUUCUGCAAGGAUCGUGGAAGGUUUGGUUUAAAAGAAUGAUGGAACUCUAGAAAUCAUAUCUAAGAAUAAAAAUAAAGGAACUAAAAUAUUUUUCAUUAUAGAGAAUCUUCUAAUUUUUAGAGAUGAAUCUGUUAGAAAUCCCAUGAUCUCUGAGUACACAACUAAAAAUAAUACUUACAAAUAAUAAAUGUCAUAAUAUGAAGGUAGUAAUUGUAGUUAGGUGUUACCCCUUUUGAGAUAAUUAUCUGAAAAUUCUAAAUUUGAGGCUCAAUCUCCUUCCAAAAAGAGCAAAACUAUAAAAAGUAAGUUCUUUAAUUUACUGCCUGCCAAUUAAGAAAGCUCUUUGGAUAUGGCAGAUAAUUAUUCAUAUCGAAUUGAUAUACCAAUAAGUCCAGAAUAUUUUCAAUAUAAAGAGGAAAAUGAUUUAAAAAAAAUACUAAAACCUUCUUAAUGCCAAUAAUGUACAAGGGUAUUAAUAGUUGAUGAUAUUCCAUUCAAUUAGAUUGCUUUAAAGGCUCUCCUUCUGCAUUAUAAUAUUAAGGUCGAAUAAGCCUAUGAUGGGUAUUAAGCCAUUGAUUUAGUAAAGAAAUAAUUGGAUAAGCAUUGUUAAUAUUUUACAUUAAUUUUUAUGGAUAUUGAAAUGCCUGGAAUAAAUGGCUUUUAAGCAACCAAAGAUAUUCUUUAAAUUACUUAGGAUUAAACACAAAUUAUUAUGUGUUCUGCUUACGACACUGAGGAAAAUUUUAGGGAAGGGGAAGCAGUCGGAAUGUCAGAGUUCCUACCGAAGCCUGUCAAUAAAUAGGAAUUAGAAAGAAUAUUAGAUAGAUUUGGUUUUUUAUGA